ACCUCAACCAAACACGUCCUAAAACUUGAAAGAUCAAAACGGAGAUUAAUUUAGUUUAGUUUGGGACCAAAUCAGAGAUUUAUGCCAAAGUUGAGUGACCCAAAAUUGAGCUUUAACCAAUUUAAUUCACAGAUCCGAACAAUUCCAACUGAGGGGAAACUUCCCACGCCUCCGGGCCACCACCGUACGCCCCUCACUACCUACUUCAAUUUCUCUGAACUCUAUUAUCAUUCCGUCUCCAGUCUGGCACCGGAGAGAGCAAAAAUGGGGUUAGAGAUUGUGGAGCCAAACACUUGUUUCCGUGGUUGCUGCACCAGCAACUCCAUUCCUCUUCACCUUCCUCCCUCAUCUUACAAGCUCCUCUCCCCAAUUGCCAGAGGCGGGGAGAGUGUGGUUUAUGAAGCAAUAUUGGAUGGCAGGAAGGUUGCUGUUAAGAAACCCAUCUUGUCUACUUCGGAGGAGUUGGAUAAAUUUCAUAGGGAGCUGCAGCUCUUAUGCAAGCUGGAUCAUCCUGGAAUAGCUACACUUGUUGCGGCGCAUGCCAAGCCACCCAAUUACAUGUUCUUCUUUGAAUUUUAUGAAUCAAGUAAUCUAGCACAUAAAUUGCAUGUGGAAGAAUGGACUCCAAAUGUUGAUCAGGCGCUUAUGAUCACAGCUCAGUUAGCCAAGGCCUUGCAAUACCUGCAUAACCAUGGAAUUGUUCAUAGGGAUGUCAAGCCAGCUAAUUUCCUUGUAAUUUUCUUCUAUAAGAUCCUGAUUUCUUUCCUUGAUCUACUGCUUGACCUUGGUCUUGACAGAAACCUUUCUGCAUACCUAGCAGACUUUGGUCUGGCAGAAUACAAGAAGGAUCUUACAUGUAUCUCUACAGAGAACUGGAGAUCAACUGGCAAGCCGACUGGUGGUUUCCACAAAAAGAAUAUGGUUGGCACACUCAUUUAUAUGGCACCUGAGAUAUUGAAGAAGGAAAUACACACUGAAAAGUCAGAUGUCUAUAGCUUUGGAAUUUCCAUCAAUGAACUUUUGACUGGCACCGUCCCAUACACUGAUCUUCAAGCAGAAGCUCAGGCCCACACUGUUCUGGAGAUGAGCUACACUGAGCAGCAACUUACUUCUGCUGUGGUUGCUGAGGGACUGCGACCUGUUCUUUCUGGCCUUGGAUCAGGUGUGCCGGAAAGUUUGUUGUCUCUCAUACAGGGUUGUUGGGAUGCAGAUCCUCAAAAUAGACCCUCAUUUAAUGAUAUUGUUUUGGAACUAGAUACAAUUUUAGAACACAGAAAGAAAAUGAAAAAGGAAGAUAUUUACCUUUCUAACUCCUCCAUUUCUCAUGGUGACAAGCCCACAAAUAGUGUUAACAACAUUCAAACCUAUCAGGAGAGUAUAAACUGGUCCACACAGGGAGAAUAUUUUACCAGACAAGCUUCUGCUCCUGUUGUUUCUGCAUUAAGAAUGUGGCUUGAUUCUUGCAAUGAUCCUGGGGCCUACCAUCCAGAACUUUCAUGGGGAUCCUUUGCUACAUGUGGGAGAAGGGAGAAGAUGGAGGAUACACAUUUCCUUAUGCCUUAUAUGUGCAAUGAGAAAGAUAUCCACGUUUUUGGCAUCUUUGAUGGUCAUAGAGGUAUGCUGGCCUCUGGUGUGAAAUACUAGAGCACUAGGUACCAUAUAUAUGGAAGAACCUCUUCACAUGGUGACUAUAGCUUAUUGGUGAUUGUUCUGGUAACCAUAAUUUAUCCAAAUAGUAUGCUUCAUCAUCUAUAGUGAAGUGGUUUUGGUGGGGAAGGAGACAGGAGAGAGAUAUAGUUUUCUUUUUAGAAAAACUUUCAUAUAAAUUCAUUCAGAAAUGCAUGUGAUUUUUUCUUAGAACUUACAUUGAUCGCUUCAUUUUCUCUCUCAUUGAUUCUGUAGAUAGCCUUAAGAGUAAGGGUCUUGUUUGGAGGUGUCUUCUUAGACAUUUGGGGAAUGGAUUCUGUAUCCAAUUUAUAAUUUAAACUCAAACAGAAAACUAGUAUUUGUCCUUUUCUUUUUUCAAAUUGAUGUGACAGUUGCAUUAGUUGCAU